CAACAACAACAACAACAAAAAGCAAAACAUUUUACAUCCGUCAAGAAAGUUACGUGAAGUUGCGAAGUGCACUGCCAGGGCCAUUUUCUGACCGGGGUGCCGCUUUGGUUUUUCGCACGCAGCCCUUAAUAGCACGAUUAUAAUCCACCGGACUGAUUGCCGCUAGUAUCGAACAGUCGAACGGAAGACACAAGACAAACAGAAACACAGCGAAACAUGUCCUCGUUUGAUUUGAAAAACGAGACCGAGGUGAAGGAGUACAUCGACAAGCUGGGUGUCGAGUACCGGUUCGGUUGUUACUCGGAGAAGAAACCGGAAGUGUGCCAUCUGCUCGGCGACUAUCUUGAGGGCAUCCGCAAAGACUUUGAAAAGGCGGCCAAAGUGUACCGAUCGAACUGUGAUGAUUACAACUACGGCAAGAGCUGCCUCAAGUACGGCAACUACACGUUCCUGGGCAAGGGCCGCACGUCCGAGAAGGGCGAUCCGGCCAAAGCGUACGCCUACUACGAGAAGGGCUGCGCGCUGAACGAUCCGGACGCGUGCCUGCACAGCGGCCUGCUGCUCGUGUCCAAGCUGAUGCCGAAGGAGAUCACGCGCGACGUGCCGAAGGGCUUCGAGCUGCUGAAGAAGAGCUGCGAGAUGAACAACGCGGGCGCCUGCUUCUACCUCUCCGGCAUGUACAUUUCCGGCGUGCUGAAGGAGGAGUACCAGCAGCAGCAGCAGCAGCAGCAGCAGCAACAAGCGGCGGCGGUGAAAAAGGUGGACCCAGCGGCCGCCCCGGAACAGCGCCCGCCCGGUGCGUACGUCGUCGAGCGCAACAUGGAGAAAGCAUUCGAGUUCGCGUACAAAGCGUGCGAGCUGCGCAACAUGUACGCCUGUGCCAACCUGAGCCAGAUGUACGCGAAGGGCGACGGCACGGCGCGCGACGAGAAGAAGGCGGAAAAGUACAAAAAGCUGGCGCUCGAGAUGCAGGACGAGGUGAAGAAGCAGCAACAGCUCACAUUCCAGCAGGGUCUCAACCCGACGUAAAGUGACCAUCGCCGGGGGAAAGGAUGGAGGCUGUUUGCGACACCCUGGGAGGAAACAAUCGACUUGGAAUGGGAGAUGAGUUUUUGGAAAAUUGAUUAGAAAAGUUAAUUUGCUGUUAACGGAAGCGUAAUCUUGAGCCCUGGCGGGGGAUCGUGCGCUCGCGUGUCUGUUUUGUGUACUUGAGACUAAAUAGCAACCCCUGUAGCAGAGUUGCUCCCGUGUUUUUUAGUGUUUUUAGUUAGCGUUUCAGUUAUGCAUGUGAAAAAGCGCGUUUUGUACAGAAGAAGAACAUGAAAGGAAGGGGAAAAGGUGGACAGAUUCGUUCCGGCGGGAAAAUGAGACUCGCAAUUUGUUGGAUCAUCGACACUGGCGAAUAAAUGUUGUCCUGCUUA